ACCUGGCCUGACAAGAGAGGAAGUCAUCAAAAUCAUCAGGGACAUUUGUGGCUGUGCUCUGAAGUGCAGAGAGAGUCCUCUGGAGCUGGCGUUUGUGAUUGACAGCUCAGAGAGCUUUGGACCGGAGAACUUUGAGGUGGUCAAGGACUUUGUGAACGCCCUGACUGACCGUAUGUCUGUGAACUGUGAGGCCAGCAGGAUCAGUGUGAUCCUCUACAGUCAUUUGGACAUGGUGGUGGUCAAUGUGAAGCAGCAGUCCAGCCAGAACGAUGUUAAGAUGCUAUACCUGGGCGAGGGCACCUUUAUGGGUAGUGCCAUCUUGAGAGCCAACCAGCUGUUCCAGGCCUCGCGGCCCGGUGUUCAUAAAGUCGCCGUGGUACAAACCGAUGGGCAGGCAGACCGGUGUGAUGCAGUGCAGCCUGAGGACGCCGCCAGCAUUGAUGUUUGUCAUCGGAGUGGUAAAUAAGAAAGGCCCGCUGUAAGCAGAAUUCCAGGCUGAGAUGAUUGCUAUCACCUCUGGCCCAGAUGAGGAGCACGUGUACCUGAUAGACGACUUCAUGACGCUGCCCAGUAUGUGGUUCGAGAUCAAGUUCAAGACUCUAGAUCAAGUUUAAGACUAGAUGCUAGACUGCCUAGUAUAUGGUUCUAGUUAAGUUUUAUUUACACUGACACUCAUAGCAGUCAAUUCAAAAUGGAAUCCAUGCAAAUAGCAUAGGCCUAUCUAAAUACAUUGAUAAAAUAUCUAUCAGAACUCAGGAUAAGACCCAGAUGCAGACAGCUAGAAUUACAGAUGUUUAUUGACCCAAACA